CCGACAACUUGCUCAACUUAGCCAGCGCCAACAGCGAAACUCCUCGCAGUAAUCCCGGGCUUCAAGAGGGCUACCAUGCCGAGACAAGACGCCUCAAAGUCGCACAGGUCAUGGCCAACUAUUUGAUGACUUGCUCUCCCGAAGCGUGGUUCGAGCAAUACGCGCCCCAUAGUCAGUGGAGCGACUCAGACCUAGACGAUCUUCUUCAAACUCUAAAGCAAAAGAGCAUCUGGAAUUCAGAGGGUUGGACAGAAAUUCUGGCAGCCAUGCAAGACCGGCAAACCGAGAACAACACCUACUCUCCUAUCUCGAAGAUCGCCGCCGCCGUCGCCGAACAAGCCCAGAAGAUGAAGGGAAUCGCGCCCACCACGAAGAUCCAGAACGCCCCGCACGACUGGAGCGUUCCCGAAGUCCCCUCACACAAAUGGUUCCCCGACCUUCGCGGCUACCUCGCCAAGUCUCAAACGAUUGACCCCCGCACCCGUGAAUCCGAUUCCACCAACCCGCAAACUUUUGCCAAUGAUUCUAGUGAUAUGUACCCGCUCGUGGAAGAGGAGCUUCAGGAACCCCAGCGCGUUGAACUCAGAAAGCCUCGGCCCAGCGCUCGACUCGACGGCAACUCGAAGGGGCCCAAGGAACAGGAGACGAAGAUGAACCUCUCUGAUGUCGUCGCCAUUGGAGAGUUCAAACGCGAGAAGAAAACUGCUGAUCAACGUGACAAUGAACUCAAAAUAUCUGGCGGAGCUACAGAGCUCUUAUAUAACGAUCCCUGUCGUCGUUUCGUCAACGGCUUUACCAUUGAGAAAAGAAAUAUGCGCAUGUGGAGGUUCGAACGUAGCCACGUGUGCUUUUCCCAGCCGUUUGAUUUUCACAAGGAAGCGAAGCUGUUCCUGCGGUAUCUCCUCUAUAUUAUAUUUUCAUCACCCAAAGACCUUGGCUUUGAUCCCACCGUUCGUCGUUAUUUCAAGCCCGUUACCGAAAACGCCGAUCCCCCAUCGUCCGAGACAGACGGUUGCCGAUACGAAAUCGCGUACCGGUAUCAGAUUGGCAACCGGUUUUUCCUUACGGAAGGGCCUCCCAUCUCCGAAGAGGCUGCAUACUGGGUCGCUUCUAGAGCCACGCGAGUCUGGCGCGUCAGGGAAAUGAUUUUCCAGGACCACAACAAGGAGCAUGUCUACACGCUCGGCGAAUGCAAAGUUCUCAAGGAUGCCUACCUCUUUGAAGAUGCGGUCCUCGAGAGCGUAAUCAGGGGGCAAAUUAUGGAGUCACUCAGACAUGUCGACGGGGUUGAUCUUGAGGAUGCGGCAUGUCACUUCUUGGAUUACGAGCUUGACGAAGUCGUCAAGUUGCCCGACGGAGACAAGGAGUGGAGGGAGGAUGAUCUGAUCAGUGUCACUGACGCCAACAAGCGUGCCUACUAUAAUCCUGCUCCUAAACCAUCUCAGCCUUCCCCCCUCCCGGAAUCUCAGCGCACAUCUACGUCUCAGAAAGACUCGAACCAACCUGGUGCUACCGACGCUUCACAACAACUCCCUGAUGGACAGACUGGGCGCGCCAAGUCUUACUGGGACGACUUACGAUAUCAUCGUCGGAAGCAUGUUCGAACCGUCAUUACGGAGGUGUGUCAAAACAUGUACGAAGUGGAUAAUUGGGUUACGUUCUUGGAGUGCAUGAUUCACCUUAUCAAAGGUUUAAACUAUAUGCGCCAGGCAGGGUGGGUGCAUCGUGACAUCAGUGGUGGAAACUGUCUCUGGCAUCCGGGCAGCAAGCAAGGGAAACUUGCCGAUCUGGAAUACGCCCGCCCCUAUAAACACAAUUCCAUGCUGAUUCACGACCCGAAGACGGGCACGCCUGCUUUCAUGGCCGUGGAAUAUCAAGAACGACGAUAUCUGUUCCAACCACACCAGGAUCCCUCACAAUUCCAGCAAAUGUUUGAUGAUGAUGAUUUUUUCCUGUCUAAACCGAGUCAACCUCCUAUAUGGAAUCUGCCGUUCGCUUAUCACUUUUACCAUGACCUAGAAUCGAUCCUUUGGCUUUACGUUUGGAUUGCUCAUUUCCGUCCUCCAUCUCCGUGUGUACCUCCCGCGGUAUUCACACCACUCUCGAACACUCUCAGGACAUUAGGAAACCUUUUCUUCGUCUGCGGAACCGACGGCAACAAAACGCGCUUGGGUGCUAUCUUGACUGGCAAGGCCCCUCAAAAUUGGUUCAUUUCACGUGAUCUGGGACAAAUCUACGCGGGAGCUCAUAGUGCCUUCAUACUGAAAGGGUUUAUGCUUCUUCGCCCUCUCGUAUUUGCCUAUGAAGAGCUUGAAUCAUCUUUGCCUGAUGAUACGCUUCCCUCCGGUAAUCCCAUUUGGAGGGACACGCACUUCGGCUCCGCAUUAUACGACACGUUCUGCAAUGAAGUCAUCGAAGUGUUGAACAGGGUGAGACCGCGUCCAGCAAUCCAUCCCAUGAUAUCGAUCAGCAGUAGAUGGGAGAAAACGAGGCGGCCCCCCACCACUACCCAGGAGCCGGACAGCCCUACUGCGCAUGCAAACGAGCUCGAGAUGGCCGGGUUAUCUACGAGCCAGUAGCUAGCAUUUUAAUAUAAAAUUAUCCAUUUAGACAUGUCCCUUUACGAGUCUUUGGUCAAGUUACGC